AUGACCCGGCGGCUGCAAGACCUGCCAGCAGCAGGUGAAAAAACUUCCGUAAAGACUCGAUGGUGCCGACUACAGAACGCCGUUCACUCGACCGCCCUGGCUGUCCUCAGCCACGCACGCCGCCAGCACCAAGACUGGUUUGACCAAAGCGACGCCGCCAUCAGUAACCUGCUGGCCGUGAAGAACGGACUGCACAGUGCCUACCUCGUCCUCUCAACCGAUGCGCAAAAAGGGACGUUCUACCAAUGUCGCCGCCUAGUGCAGCAACGGUUUCGAGAAGUGCAGGACUCCUGGGUGGCUCGCAAGGCCGAGGAGAUCCAGACGUACGCCGACCGUCACGACUCAAAGGAUUUCUUCGCUGCAAUUAAGGCGAUCUACGGUCUCCGACCAAAGGAACUGCACUGCUUCUCAGCUCCGAUGGAUCAACGCCUUUGA